CAUCGCCGUUUUUAUGGCAGGUGUUUCAUGACACAGAGUCCUGCACUGAGUUAUUUUUGUUUAAGUUGUUUUAAUUACAGCACAAGGUGUUCACGAGCAACCAAGAGAUACAAGCGCGCACAACUUUAUCUAGGGUUUUAGCAAUAAACAAGUGUUGAAAAAAGUCACUCUUGCAAACGCUACCUGAACGCUAUACAGUCGCCUGCUUACUAAAAACACGAGCACACACGUCCUUAGCCAAAUAAGCUUAUCUUAAUCGUUUCAUCCAAACAUUUCAAUAACGCGCCAUCCUGAAGUGAGCUCGUGUUCUGAAUAAAGCGUAAAAACACACAAAAAAACAUUUUAUUCACGUGACAAGCAAUUCUAAAAUGCAGGAUUGGAUUGGGAAUGUACACUUACCUAAAUGUACGUAAACGUGCGAUACCUUUGCUAUUUUAUCGGUUUUGCAAGUUCGCACAAUGCCAUAUGUGUGUUUCAUUUGCAUUACAUUAAAAAAAAAUACAAACCAUGACUUAUUUCAUUAAUGAUUUUACUAAAGAAUCCACUUGCACCUUCUACCCUCGACGUGCCGUGUCUGUCACACGGAGCUCAGGAGCGGAGGGGGUCCGAUGGAUGACUUCAAUUGGUUCCAAAGCUCAGUGAUGUCAUCUGGAUACAUGAAGGCUUUGGCUCCGUUGCCGGAGUAAAACCUGAAAGGAGUUGCAGAUCGCGGAGAGCCGAGCAGCGCGCACAUCUGAGGAGGCGGCACAAAGCGCAUUCAUGAGCUCAGAUUCGGUGCACCUUCACCCAGCGAGUGCCAGCCACCAUGGGAGAGGGCUUAUCAUCUUUAGAUUGCAAUAACGCAUCGAAUCAUGAACAUUUCAACCGCGUCCAGGGGGCAGCCGACCCCGGGCAGCCUGCCUCGGACCAGUGGAUUGUUGGCAUGGGGGCGCUUAUGGCUGGGAUAGUGGUGCUCAUAGUCAUUGGAAAUGUAUUGGUGAUCGUUGCAGUAGCCAGGAACCAGAGGUUGCAGACCUUGACCAAUGUAUUUAUUGUAUCUUUGGCCUGUGCUGACUUAAUAAUGGGCUUGCUAGUUGUGCCCUUUGGUGCUGCUUUGGUGGUCCGAGGCACUUGGCUUUUCGGGUCGUUCUUAUGCGAAUUGUGGAUUUCAGUGGAUGUCCUGUGUGUGACUGCCAGCAUUGAAACCUUGUGUGUGAUUGCAAUUGACAGGUUCAUCGCCAUAACGUCUCCAUUCCGUUACCAAAGCGUGCUCACUAAAGCCAGAGCAAAGGGGGUCGUAUGUGUAGUUUGGGCUAUAUCGGCUCUCGUCUCAUUUCUGCCCAUUCUGAUGCAGUGGUGGAGGGAUGACAAGCCAGACGCCAUCGACUGCUACAAAGACCCCAACUGCUGUGACUUUGUCACCAACCAGGCUUAUGGCAUAGCCUCGUCUAUAAUUUCCUUCUACAUUCCUUUGGUGGUGAUGAUCUUUGUCUACGCCAGAGUUUUUAGAGAAGCUAAAAAACAAAUGAAGAAGAUCGAUAAAUGUGAAGGAAGGUUUCACAACAACCCCGUUCUCCCCAGUGGAAGACCUAGCAGGAGGAGGCCGUCAAAACUGUUAGCAGUAAAGGAACAGAAAGCGCUCAAGACGCUUGGGAUUAUCAUGGGCACUUUCACUUUGUGCUGGCUGCCCUUCUUCUUGGUCAACGUCGUGAAGGUGUUCUGUACAGAGGUCGUGGACAGUCAGCUCUUCGUGUUUUUUAACUGGUUGGGGUAUGCCAAUUCUGCUUUUAACCCUAUAAUAUACUGCAGAAGCCCCGACUUCAGGAAAGCCUUUAAAAGGUUGCUGUGCUGCCCGAGGCAGGCAGACAGAAAGUUACAUGUCCCUUCAGGGGAUCUAUCGCGCUAUUCCGGGGGCUUUAGGAAUUCCCUGGACCCCAGCCUCAUUGGGACGUGGUCUGAUUGCAAUGGACAGGAUAGCAGUGACUGCAGUCUGGAAAAAAAUGAGAAAAUUCGGCAUUCAGAGUCGGAAUUAUAGUUACCUCAAGUGCAGUACCCAACCCAACCAACACAUGAAGAUUCGCUUCAGUUCAUCCAAUUGCUCUGCAAAGCCGCUCUACACAGCAUCCGCCUGUUUGUUUGGGGGGGACGGGGGGAGAUUCGUAAUUUAUUUGUAAUGCAAAAAAAAAAAAAAAAAAA